AUGUCCAUGCUGACGCUUCCUCGGGAGCUGUACUUGAUUGUCUGCUCUUACCUGUCGCCGUCGGACCUCUCCUCCCUGGCAGGCAUGAGCAAAGACUACUACCUGUCAGUCCAGGAGUCACUAUUCGCCCAAAUCGACAUUACAUCCUUUGGCAAGCUUGUUAAACUCGUGGCGACACUGAUGAAGCCGCCUGUCGUCUCAAAAAUCAGCGCCCGACAGCGGCUUCGGUGGCAGAGCUUAAGCGAUGCGCAGCUACGGGAGCGCGACGUGAAGCGACUCAACAUCGUGCUAGACUCUUCUCACGGCGAAAGAAACCCUUCGAAGCCAGUCAAUGGCGAGUUACUCUCCCGAUGUAUCGGAGCCAUCUCGCGCGGCCGCAGCGGCGUAACUAUCCGUCUCACCCUGCAUGGUCCAUGGCAUGGCUUGCUACAGCAACUUCAGACCGUGUACCUGCCAGACGUGCGUCAUCUGGUGUUACUUCUCGGUGGUGACGCGCAAGAACAAACCCAUUCGAGGCGCUCGGGACGGUCCAAAUCGCGGAACCUCUGGGAGCUGUGUUUCUCGGGCUCUGCUUUUCCGGACCUACAGACCAUCGAGUUCGACUCGCAUCACACGUGUCGUGGGGAUCUCCCUGCCACGUAUCAGGAAGCCGCCGAAUGCAACACGCGCGAGUAUCAUGGCCAUAGCUUUGGCCACAGUCGCAGAAAGGCGGAUUUCACGCCCUUCUAUGGUCUCAAGAAGAUGAGGAAGAUCAGGCUGCAAUACAACAGUCUGCUGAAUGCAACAGUGCUCGAGUCUCUGUUUGGGUCGAACAUCAUCCCACAAUAUCUUACUCAUUUGGAGAUCGCAAACUGCCCUUCAUUACGACAAACCGACCUCGCGGCUCUGAGCAUGCUCCUUCAGCGCGGAUUGCAACUUUUGCAACAUCUCAAACUACACCUACAGCCACUACCUCGGAGCGACUGGCAGUACAACCACAUGAAAUACGUCCACGAGAUCCAAGAACAUCCCGAUCAUCACUUGUGCAAUGUCAUCCGAGAGGUGGGUCAAAGCAUCCAGAGCCUGGACCUUGCACUGCCUCUAGUCUGUGGCAAAAUUUUCGUGCCUCUGCUACAAGAUCCCAGUUACCUGCAUCGCCCUGGCAGAGGCAAGAGAUAUUCGAUAAUUCCGAGGGAUCCCGCAGCGACGCUUCCUGCGCGUUUGGUGGCUCAAGGCUACCGUUACCGGCGUCUCAUUUGCUGGGAUGGGUUCUGUCAGGAUGGGGCCAGGUGGGAGGACAUGCAAGCUCUUGCGAGUGCCCAGGGUGAAGACAUCAGUUGGGAAAUUAUCAGCGCACAAGACAAUCGCGGUAGCUGGCAUGUGAGCGGAUGUCUGCCUACGAUUUAUCCCGCGAAGGAAGUGUUGGAGCGGCAGCUUGCAGAGGAUGAGCAGUGA